AUGUUGUUCUGGUUAACAGUUAUCACCGCAUUCUUAUGUGUAACAUAUUCUGAUGGUACAUGUACAUAUGGUUGUACAUGUUAUAGUGAUAGUACUUGUACAUACUAUUGUAACAAUAAUAUGUGUCAAUAUUCCAUUCCAUGGGGUAAUAAAUGUUCUGGUCAUUAUCUUCAUCCAAAUGAAUGUGGUACAGGCGCUUAUUGUGAUUCAAGUACAUAUACAUGUCGAUAUUUAAAGAGCACAGGUGGAUACUGUUCACUCGAUUGGGAAUGUUAUUCUAACUAUUGUGAUUAUUCCUCAAUGACAUGUGAAUACAGAAGUACAACGCAUUGGUCAUUAGUCAUCACAUUACCGGUUGUAUUCACUUGUUUAACACUGUUUUUGAUUAUUGUCAUUGUGGUUGUACGUACUCGACGACGUCAACUUUUCGCACAUCAAGCUUUUGCUGUUCAGCCACCAUAUGGAUAUCAAAAUCCAACUGUUGUGUGCAAUAGUCCACCACCCUAUCCUUAUCAACCAGAUAUGAGCAAGCAUUAG